CCAUGAAUAAUUGACGUCUACCUUUCAAUUAGCCAAACCUCUAUACUUUUCUUCCAUUUCCAUCGCAAUCCUUUUACAUGGCGUCAUAUUUCUGCAGACUUUAUUUCCCUGUGGAUAGCAUAAAUUGUUUGAAACUCCCCAACCGAUUUGUUGCCGAACUGGAACAGCCUCUUCCUGCGAAUUGUAGAAUCGAAAAUGAAUUUGGUUGUGUAGCGUCGGUAGUGUCUGAAACGCGUGGGAAUCUCCAUCAAUUCGCACGGGGCUGGUUCGAAUGUGCAAGAAACAAUGCUCUACGGCAUGGGGACUUGCUAAUAUUCAAGUACGAGGGGAAUGGAUUGUUUACAAUGCGACGAUAUUGGGCUGGAGCUCGGUUCCCUCCGUUACUCCAUUCAGAAGCAAUGGAGUUUGAACCAUCCGAUGCAGAGAAUGAUGGAAAUUCCGCUAGAGCGCGUGCGUCGGCAGCAUUAACGACGGGGUCUUACAAUUACCUUUAUUAGUCAUCUAUAACUCAUCGUUUGCUGUUAAUGUAGCGACUGUAUGUUAAACCUAAUAUUUAAAUGAGGGAAAUGAAGAAAUUAUCAUGAAGAAA